AUGGAUGCUGCCUUGCUUUCUUGCUUUGCUCCCUGGCACCCAUCCAAGAACAAAUGGGAGAAGGGGUGUAUUAUACGAGAUGAAAUUCUUGGAAAACCGAGGCAGAAAGGGUCGAAGAGAGAGAGGGGAGUGAGGGGUGACGAUGGGUCCAAUUCGAAGGCGUCAAAAAGGGAAACUAGAAAAUCCAGAGAAACGAAUUUGGAGGGACCCUCAAAUCUAAGCCAUGAGCUAUGCACAGGACCACAAGGGCUUAAAGGUUGUCCGGUACAGGCUUGGCACUCUUAUGUAGCAACUGUCACAAUCAAGGGAUGCCCAAAAUUUCGGAUCAAAGGCAAGGCCCUGCAUCUUUGUCCGAUGAUUCUCCUUAGGACUAAGGAAUUGCCUUUAGAACUCAGGGUGUUUUCUUGUGCGAUUCAACAACAUCAAGGUGUGUCAAGGUGUGUGUUCUGUCCACAAUCAUAUGACUAA